AUGUCGCUCUCGUCGGCGCGCCAGCGUCGUGCCACGGCGGCGUCGCCACCGACAGACGACGGGUACGCCAAGGACUCCAAGGACAGGAGGCGGCGGCCCGGCGGCGACGGGGACGGCGAGGACGAGGGUAUCAAGUGGUUCCUCCCGUUCCUGGCGCUCGGGCUCCUCCGCCACAUGAGCGCGUCCUCCAACCUGAUCCAUGACUGCGACGAGGUCUUCAACUACUGGGAGCCCCUCCACUUCCUCCUGUACGGCUCCGGCUUCCAGACCUGGGAGUACAGUUCCGACUUUGCUCUUCGGUCAUAUUUGUACCUUUUCUUUCAUGCUCUUGUAGCUGGGCCUGCUUCACUAAUCUUUGGUGAGCAUAAGGUUCGUGUGUUCUACUCAGUGAGAAUCUUUCUUGGUCUCAUUUCAACUAUUACCGAAACUGUUCUGGUGGUUGCUCUUUCAAGAAGAUAUGGGAAGCGACUUGCUUGUUAUGUUCUUGCAAUGCUAUGCUUAUCCAGCGGUUGCUUCUUUGCCAGUACCAGUUUCUUGCCAAGUUCAUUCUCCAUGUAUGCAGUAACACUUUCGUCUGCACUCUUCCUUCUUGAGAAAUAUGCUGGUGCAGUCUCAGUUGCAGCUGCUGGAGUGAUCCUUGGUUGGCCUUUCUCAAUUUUGGUUUUCCUCCCUGUUACUGUUUAUUCUCUAAUCAGAGGAUCUUUUAGAAGGGUUUUUCUAUCUGGAUUUUUUACUUCACUGUGCUUUCUUGUUCUUUCGUUUGUUGCUGAUUACUACUGCUAUGGUCGAUUGACAUUCUCGGUGUUCAAUCUUCUGAAAUAUAACGUUCUUGGUGGUGGCGAAAGUCACUUGUAUGGAACCGAGGGGCUUUCAUUUUACUUCAGGAAUGGAUUCAAUAAUUUCAAUUUUGCCUUCAUCCUGGUUCUUCUUUUCUUGGGGGUUGUACCAUUUGCUAGAAAGAAAUAUGCUCCUGAUCUGCUGAUAGUUGUCUCUCCUGUCUAUAUCUGGUUGGCUUUCAUGUCUUUGCAGGCACACAAAGAAGAAAGGUUUCUCUAUCCAAUUUAUACAUUGAUAUGUGUUGCUGCUGCAGCUGUUAUUGAUAGCUUACCUGAUUUUUUCCAUGACAAAUAUUCAUCUGACCAGUCUAUUUUUGAAAAGAUAGCGAAGGGUCUGCGUCCUUUGAUCCUUGGUUUUAUUUUGUGUGCUUCCCACAGCCGAACAUUUUCCAUGUUAAAUGGAUAUGGUGCUCCCCUGCAGAUCUAUCAGCAUCUAGAACAUCAUGACGACACUGGGCCCGGGUCUAUUCUCUGUGUUGGAAGUGAGUGGCAUCGCUAUCCAUCAUCAUUCUUCAUACCCUCCUAUAUCAGUGAAGUCCGGUGGAUAGAUGAUGGCUUCCGUGGGUUACUUCCAUUUCCCUUCAACGAGACCCUGGGUGGAACCACUGCAGCUCCAUCAUACUUCAAUAACAAGAACAAGGCGGCUGAAGGGCAAUAUCUUAAAGACAUCGGAGCAUGUACCUUACUGGUGGAACUUGACCUAAGACGGCCUUAUCCCUCACGUGGGAGUGACUUGUCAACGUGGGAGGCAUUGGCCGCACUACAGUUCCUGGACAGAGAGCUUUCCCCUGCAUUAUACCGGUCCUUCUUUAUACCAUACCGAUGGCAACAAAACAACGUGUUCGGCCUGUACAAGCUACUGAGGAGGUUGCAUCCUGACCAUGCGUGA